ACGGGGGAUACCGGUUACACAGGGAGCCUCUCUCAGCGACACACCAGCAGCAGCAGCAGCAGACAUCAGGAAGAAGAAGAGAUGAUGACCUCCCUAAACAACUUCUGUGCUGCUAAUUUGGCGUUUCUGCUCGUAUUCGUGCUGAUCUCAGCGUUUCUCCCGGUUGAUGCUUCUGCUGACGGGACGAAGACGGUGGAGUUUAACGUGAAACCAGGAGGAGUGGUGUACACUUUCACUGAGAAGAUAAAGGAGUAUGAAUGCUCAUUCACUUAUGCUUCACAAGGGGGAACCAAUGAGCAAUGGCUGAUGAGUGUGGGUCUGAGUGACGACGACAAACUGUUUUCCUGCUCUGUGUGGAGGCCUCAGGGGAAAUCAUACCUGUUUUUCACGCAGUUCAAAGCUGAACUGAAAGGAACCAAAAUUGAAUAUGCUAAUGCAUAUUCUCAGACGUCGGCUGCAGGACAGAGUGACAUGCCUUUGAAGCCGGAGGAAUUUACCGUAGGAGAAUCAACAGUAACCCACAGAGACGGAAAGUUCAGCGCUCAACUCUCCAAACUGACCGCCAUUGGACGGACACGACAUGAUGAGCUGUAAUUGGUCAGAAGUCAGACUUUGCUUCGGUCAUGUGCUGUGAGCUCUGAGUCUGUGUUUGAGCUCAGUAGUCAAUGAAGGAUGAGGAUUUAUGGGAGUAACAACCAAAAAUUGAAGUGGGAUGAUACUGAUUACCUUUGCAGCACUUUGUGUGUCGGUACAUUAAUUACCUGGUAUGUUUUUACAAUUUAAAAAUGCUGCCUGGGACAAAAAAAUCUGUUUAGUAUUCACAUUUUCCUUUACUACAUAAUGUCCUAGUUAAAAUUCUGCCAUAAGAUAAAGUGCUUCCAUAGUUGUUUCUUAGUUUCUGAGGCUAUAAGAUUUACAGUGAACAAAUCUGCUCUGAUCCACUGGAGACGUAUGUGAAUGUAUAGAGGAUUGGUGUCUGGGGGCUUGUAGAGUAUAGAUAACACAUUUAGAGAAGGGAGGGAUUUAUCCGUCUCGUGUAAUCCUGAGAGGAAAGUGAAUAAUCUCCAAUAGCGUCAUCAUCACGCACACAUAAACAAUUACAUUUUC